CUAAUAUUAUUAAAAUAUUCACCUCUACACAUGCGGAAGUGAAUUGUAAAUCAACAGAAAAAUGGACGCGAAUUUUGGAGGAAAAUUAAAACGUUUUGCAGGCUCAGCCGGCACUGUUUUUAACAGAGCUGUGCAGUUCACAGAAGAAAAGUUGGGUUCAGCUGAGAAGACUGAGUUAGAUGCUCACUUUGAGAAUCUGGUAAAUCGUUCAGAGAAAACACGGGUAUGGACAGAGAAGACACUCAAGUCUACAGAAGCUCUGCUCCAACCAAAUCCAAACAUAAGGAUGGAGGAGAUGUUCUAUGAGAAACUUGAUAAAAGGAAGCGAGACAGAAACAACGUCUAUGAAUCUCUGGGAGGGGUAAUGGUCGAUGCAGGGAAUGAGUUUGGGCCAGGGACAGCUUAUGGCAAUGCGCUGGUGAAGUCCGGUCAAACUCAGAUCCUUAUCGGCAAUGCCUACAGGGAGUUUGUGACCUCAACAGCCAACAAUUUCUUACAACCCCUGCAGAACUUCCUCGAGGGAGACAUGAAGACCAUCAUGAAAGAAAAGAAAAUUCUCGAAACAAAGCGUUUGGACUUAGACUCGUGUAAAAGCCGUCUUCGAAAGGCCAAACAUGUUGCUUCUCAAACCCAGGAUGACGUGAUUGCAAAAGCGGAGGCGGAUCUGAGACAGGCCCAGUCAGAGUUUGACCGGCAAGCAGAGAUCACAAAGCUGCUUCUGGAGGGAAUUACCAGCACACAUGCGCACCACCUGCGAUGUUUGAAUGACUUCAUUGAGGCCCAGAUGACAUUUUCCUCACAGUCUCAGCAAUACAUGGUUGACCUACAGAAACAACUUGGCAGUUUCACGGCAGUGCCGGGAUCGCAGACUGCCCCCUCAUCUACCACGCCCAACACCCUUGGGCUAAACUCUGCCUCCUCGACUCUCGCCCCCACCCCCUCCCCUCCCAGUAUACAGGUCACAGCAUCCACCCCCGCCACAGAGAAAAAACAGGCCCGUGUUCUCUAUGAUUAUGAUGCGGCUGAUGCAACUGAACUAUCACUUUUAGCUGAUGAGCUAAUCACAGUCUACCGAUUACCUAACAUGGAACCGGAUUGGUUAAUGGCUGAGAGGGGCUCAAAACGGGGAAAAGUACCAACCACAUAUUUAGAUGUAUUAGAAUGAGGCUCGCUUUAGGGAAUUUUAGUUGCAAUGUUGCAUUUAUGCACCUUAGUUAAGUUUUAGUGUUUUUUUGCAAAAUUACCACAGUACUUGUUUAUAAAGGGUGUAAGAACAUUUUUACAAUCUUCUGGAGUUUUGAAAAAUAAGUUAAUAUGAUAUGGUACCAUGAUCAUACUGUUUUGUGGUCGAUAUAUUGAUCGUUUCAAUUAGCAUUAUUUCCAUUAAUAUUUUUUUUAAGCUGUGAUCUUUUUCGGCAUUUGAAUUCUUGUUCAAUGGUUGCUGUUAGUUUUUCAAUUGAUCCUACACCAACAAUCUAGGCAGAUUUGACUUUGUGCUGAAAAAAAUUCAGUGUGAUAUUUUAUGUUGAUGAUGUUUUUCUAUGUGUGAAAUAUGACUUUCCUAGAUACUUAUGAUAUUUGUUUAACCUUUAAAAAUAUCUAAGAACUACUAAUGAUUUGUUACUUAAUAAUUUAGACCAGGGUAAAAUUCAGUCAAAAUUGCUGCACUGUGGCAAUGAUUUAUGUAAUUAACAACUCUGUUUUUGGAAGAAAAAAAGUCAAGGUACAGUCAUAGUCUUGAUAUCAUUGUCUGCAUCUUUGACGUUGACCUGAACAGCCUGCAAUUCUUUAUAUGUAAGCUGUAAGUUAAAAACCAUUCAAGAAUCUAUAUUAAACUUAUACAUAUGUUGCCUGUGACAAUAUGCACAUGUGUAGCAUAGCUCUUGAUUCACUUAGAGUGGAGUAAUGCCCCUUUUUUGACUGACAAAAAGACUAGCAAUGUCAUCCGGUUGCAGUGCUCCUGUUGAUGUACAUUUUUUAAAUAUGGAUAGUUUGGGUGUUUUUAAUUGUGGUGAAUAUCAAUCUGUUGUUUGACUUUUUCUACUUGGCAUCUUUCUCUAGACAAAUUGUUGUGUCAUUUCUGUAUAUUGUUUUGACAUUCAUAUAAAUAAUGAUAAAAAAUAACCAAUUUGUUAGUUAUUAUUUUGUAAUACUUCAAGAAUUGUAUAAUAAAGCUUGAAUAGUGCAAUAUUAUAUUAGGGAGUAUUAGAGUUAGUUUUUAAAGGGACAAUAUACAGUCUUUCAGAAUCACAUCAUUAAUUUUCUUACAUCUGCAUUGGAAGAAGCUUGCUGAUAUUGAUGUUGAAACAGGCUAUCCUUUAAGUCCCUAUACACUUGUAAAAAUGUAAAAAAAAAAUGUUAGUAAAAUUGGUGGUGUGUAACCCAAGUGGUGUGUUCACUCCGCAACAAACUUGUAGUGAUAUAGGCAGCUGGUGCGCUUUAACAAAAUGGCAACCGAUUGUAUGUUUCACAACAAAACAAGCUUAUUCUGAAUCCGGAUACGCAUUAUGACUGUCCUAGAACCUGGGAAAUUGGCCAUGAAAAGACCCCCUACACAUGCAUUAGGACAUGCCUGUAUAUAUAUGAACAAAUAUAGAAUACUGUUAAACCAUUAGUUUAUAUACAUCAUGUUAGAUUCAACUUCCUCUUUAAUUGUCAGCCUGUUUAAUACAGCAAUUGUUUUGGAGCACAUCAAAUUUUGUAUAUUGUCCCUUUAAAUUAUUGUUAGAUACUUCUAUCGUUUACUUUUGACAAAGUUUGAUUUUAUUGAAUGAAAGCUUUUUAACUUAAACUUUGCUAAAUAAAUAUGGAUUAUGGUAUUGUGAGGUUUUGUGCAAACAUGUGUGAAAUUACUUCAUCAUAUGAUAACUGAAUAAACAAAAACUAUAAUUGCUUUAAUGAUAUGAUAAAAGAACUGGGACACAAAAUAUGCUCAUGUUUUAAUCGAAUUCAUAUUUUAUGAAACCAAAAAGCAGAAAUAGGUCUGACAGUAUUUUUGCCAAAUAGCGUUUUUGUCAAAUAGCCUUUCUAAGCCACCAUAUAAAAUGUGGUUUGCUAUAAAGAUAUGUUAUUAACCUUUAAAGUUCAUAUUGACAUACAAAAUCAUUACACCAUGGAAGCUACCAUUCUAUGUUUAAUCACAGGAAAGUGUGACAUCAAAAUUGCAAUAAGUAUCAGUUAGUGAGGUAUUCUUAAUGAUUAAGUCUUUAGGCAGCGCACAACCAAUUAAUUACUAAAUGAAAAAUUGGUAAUUGUUACCUACUUGAUGGGUUUUUGGUUGUAAGAGUUCUUCUAAAUGAUCAAACGAGAAUCUGUCUUGCAAUCCCGUUGGCAGAGAAAUGAGCAUAAACACUAAGUCCUAUUUCUGCUGUUGUGUUUCUUAUCAUUUUAUGUAUAAAUUAUACAAGUAUUAUUUUCAUGCACUUUAUUUUUGUGGAUUUGCAAAAAAAUAUUUUGCUUUUUUGCACUCCUUGUUUUAAAACAUUUGUUAUUUAUUGGGGAUGAAUCAGAUAAUGUUGUUGUGUUCUGUAUUUCAUGUAUAUUACAAGUACAGAACAUCGUGAUUAAAGUUCCACUCUACAAUUUAAAGAUUCCACAUUAUAUUUUAAGAGAAAUUAGUUAUUUAAGGAUUAGUUUGAUAGAGGCUUAAGCUUCGUAGUUACUAAGGCAGUGUAACUGUGUAUUAGUUGUAGACACGAUUUGUAAAUAAAGAUCUAGAUAAAAGAUAGCUUCACAGUGCAAACUGUUUAUUUUAUGUCAUUCCAUGGAAGGGUUUUCCUGUUGGUUUUGAAUGACGAAACAGAGUUUUUGAGUGCUAUGUUGUUUUAUUGCUAUGAGUUGUGAAGUAGAAAAUGUUCUGUAUUAAACUUUUGAAACAAACAGUUUGGGAAUUAAUCACUCGAGUACAGGAGAAAAAGCAUUAUCCUUAUAACACAAGAUUAACAAAAAGUUGCGUUAAUAACAUUUUCCCUUAAAAAGUGAAGUAUGCAAUAUAAAUGACAAAUGAGAAAAAUAGAAAACAAAGAUGGUUGAUUUUAAGCUUAGCUUAAAAGGUUGUUUUCCUCUCAUUCUUAAAAAUGGGAUAACCCUGAAAUAAUUAUGCUACUUUAAACAUUCACAUAUGAAUUCCAUUUGAACAAUUAUGUGUUUUGAAUGAAAAACAGUAAAUAAAUGUAUGAAGUUAGAUUUUUGUGGCCAUGACUGUCAUGAAGUUGUCCACUGUACACCUUUAUCCUAAAAUAAACACCAUUCUCCAAUCUGUAUAUAUGUUGGUUAAAAUCACAUGUACAAAUUCAUAAUCAUUAUAAUAGUGUACAUGGUGUUCUUUUGAUCAGAAAUUCAAGCACAAUUCACAUAAGCUUAAUAUUAUUAUAUCUAUCUGAAUGUUGUGUAUUGUUGCAUCGCCUUAUACCCUGGUAUUCUACUACACUGAUCGCUGCAUCAUGUACUGUGGGACGACUGGUUGGCCGAGUCUCGUGUUCUCCCCAAGCAAAUUGUUUCGGAGAUUGUGCUUUAGAAAUGAAAACAAAAAAAUAAAUAUUGCACCAUAGGUUCAAAUCUCACCAAAACCAAGAACGUUUGUUUACUUCAUUUCCUUUCAAAAUCAUUCAAAACAAGACUGUUUGUCAGUCAGUUAUCCUCAGUACUUGUUAAGUGUUUCAAUGGAGUGUUUACCAGGGUGCUGACGAUGGUAUUGUUGGUAUUUUUAUAGGACCACGAUCUGUGACCUAUACUAUGCAAGGGUGAUGUUACGAAAUGUGUUUUUUGUUUAGUAUCGAUGUUUAACCAUGUUUUUUGUCCAAAUAAGUAGUCAUUAUGAAAGUUGAGGUAAUGAGUGCAUAUUGCAGGUAUUUGAUAGUAACAUUUAACAUAACAUAAUAAUAACAUAAUAAAUCCAGUUUUCAAGGGACUCAUUUACAUUUUAUAGGGUCAGUCAUUAAAAAAAUGAGAGCACUAUUGUUAAUGCUCUGUGUUGCUGAAAAAAAUAAGUGAUGCUAUUGAAAAUUGAGUUAAUUCAGGCCUAGAUUUACAAAAUUCUGUUUCGUUGAAUGAGAAUCCGCCCGUUUUGUAUUUGAUGUAAGUUCAUAAAAGUAAGAAAUCUAACUAAUGUUUAACAAAAUAAUACGGUAAACAAAUUGUAGCCAAGAUAAAAUCUAUGACUGAAUGCCUUAAAAGACAUUCAUUCAUCUACUUAAUGUCUGCAAUAAAAAAGAAAUUGUUUGUGACGGAUUAAUGUAUACAAACAGCUGUUCACUUGCUAUAUAAACUGAAAGCUGUUAAAGGAAAAACACACUGUAUAUAAAUGAUUCAAUCAAUAAAAAUCAAACUGGUUUUUUUUAGUUUAUUCUCAUGAUUUAUAACAUCAAGACAGGGUGUUUAGUAAAUAACAGUGUUUGUAGUUGUGUAGUUUUUAAUUGAGGAAAAUGCACAAAAUCAUCAACAUCAGUGGGCUAAUUGUUGUAUCAUCCUUGACAUUUUUUCAGAAAGUGGAUGUUUAAGUAAACAUAAAUAACAAAUGAAGCUAUGAACAACUUGUAUAUGGCACUUCCAUUCUAGCAGUAUUUUUUCUCACCAUUAUCGAAAUGGGGCUGGGGCCUCUCUCAUUGGAUCAAAAUGCAUCUUUUUACCUUAAAUUGAAAAUUCCAAUUUUGCCAAAAAAUGAAUAAAAAUGCUUAUAUAAAAAGCCAAACAGAGUGUUAUUAAGGUUUGUUUCUUUAAAAAUAUACCAAUUUUCUAUUUGUUGGAGGGUUCAAAUAUAUGACGAAAUAAAUUUAAAAAAAAAUGGGAAUUUUAUUUCCACUUUUUAAAAAAAAUGUAUUCUUUAGCAUCUCGAAUUGGGUCGAAAUUAAGCCCCAAAUUGGUCAGAUAAAAACACACUGCCGAUGCACCUUAGAAUGCAAGGGAAAGCUAAUUAUGCUUGUUGUUCAAUAGCUUAAAAUCAAUUACUUGAUUCAUAUGAUUUUCUCAUUCAUGAUUUUUCAUUUGACUGAUUUUCCAGUAGGUACUGUUAUUGUGUAUUAUUUGAACAUGGUGUUACAUUCUCAUUGUAUAGAUGUUAAUAAAUGUAUGUACAUGUAUAUAUAUCAUUAUUACUGAUUCUGUUUUCAAACACUACUUAUGUCAGAAAUAAAAGACACCUAUGUCA